UCAAGUCAGCACAGCAUGCUGAUUAAUCGUGGAAGUUUUAUUCGUGUAAAUUGUAUAUUACAUUGUUUUGUGAGGAAUAUUAUUCGGCGUUAUUAAUUAAACAAGCAGUAAUAGCAUUUUUUAUCAGCACACUAAAUAUAGUAUUGAUUUACAGCCGUUUUUAAAAUAUCAUAACAUAACCUCUUGCUUGUACAUUUUCAUAUUUUGUGAGCCAAAAUGGAAGUAGGAGCAGUGAAACAAGCAUUUAACAACGAGGUAAUACAGCUGAAAAGAAACUUAAAUCAAGCUAAGAUACAUGUUAUCCACAAGCUCACGAGGAAAGCUAAAAAGGAAGUUAAGAAGGGGGCUCCUGACAAACUUAAGGAGAAGUUUAAGAGGCAAGCAGCAUCAGCCGUUAAUGAAGUUCUAAUUAUAAAGAAAAUCAAACCUAGAGAUGUCGCCAGAUUCACCGUCACUCACACUGGUGAGCUACAGCAGUAUAUAAACAAGCCAACCAUAGACCAAGACAAAGCAUGCGCCAGGUUGUUACUUCACAAAAGUCUGCAACAGAAAUAUAAACAUAUUAGAAACACGUUUUCGGGGAUUCCUAUUAAGGAUCUACUGAUGUCUCGGCAGGAACGGUUGAAGUUGAAAAGAGAAGCGAAGCUAGAUAAGAAAAUGAAGAGAGAUAAGAAGAAAAAAGUCGUUAAUUCAGAAGGAGACUGGGAUGUUGAAGACAUAAAUAAGCAAAAAGUUAAAGAUAUUAAAAAGAAUAAGACUACAAAGUUUAAUGAAAGUGAUGAUGAUGAAGAAAUAGAUAAAGAAGGCGAAUCUGAGAAUGAGGAAGAAAUUGAGUCUGAUGAGAAUGCUAACUCUGACAAAGAAGUUCACUCAGACGAUGAGGAAGAUAUAACAGAAGGCGAGGAAGCUAAUUCAGAUCAACAGGCUGAAGAUGAUAAUGAAGAAAAUCAGUCUGAUGAAAGUGAAGCAGAAAGUGAAACUAAAAUGGAAACUGAUCAAGAGUCUGAUGAUGAUGUACCAGACAUUAAAAAGAAAAAUGUACAAGAGACUAAAAAGAAAGAAAUUGCUGCCAAAUUUGUGAAACCUAGUCCAGUUAAUGCUGAUAUGAAACAAAAUGAAAGUAUGACGCCUGCUUUAACAUUUGAAGAAUUAGGAAAGAAUAGAAGAAAACCAGAAAUCAAAAAGCCAACCAAACCAAAAGAAAUGCAUAAGAACAAGAACUUAAACGACAAGUUGCAAUCAAGGAAGUUUAAGAAAGAAUCAAGUGAUUCGCAAGUGAAAGAGACAAAGACAGUUGAUCCUUUCUUUAUCACAUCUACAGGUGAAAACUACCUGUCAGUAGCAGAACCCAGACAACCUGAUGAAGUCAAAGAAAUACAUAAACAGGGUAAUAGGAAGGAAAGAAGAGCAGCCAUGUUUGGACAUGUUCCUAAAGUUAAACCUAGACAAGAUUCUAGACUAAAUUCAGAUAGAGCAAAUAACUUUAGGAAUAAGUUUAAUAAAGGCGAUAAUUUUAAAGAUGAUGGAUUUAAGAAAAAUGAUUCACGAUUUAAUGGUAAAGAUCAGUUUAGGAAUCAAAAUGACAAGCCAUAUGGUAGAAAUACUGAAUUCAAAAGACGAAAUGAUAAACAAGGCGAAGAUAGGAAUGAUUUUAAGAAUAGAAAUGAUUUUAAGAAUAAAAAUGAUAAGUUUAAAGGAAGAGGUAAUGAUACUGUUGAAACGAAAGUGGAGAAAUUGCAUCCAUCGUGGGAGGCGAAAAAGAAACAAUCGGGUAUUUUACCGUUCCAAGGUAAAAAGAUAGUGUUUGAUGAAGGUUAAUAUAAUAAAUGUUAUUUUUG